AAGAAAGGAAAAACCGGAAAGUCCAGUUGCCUCUUGGAAAAAAAUUUCUAAGUGGUUUGUCAAUGCCUCCUUUUUAGGGCUGAGGGAAAGUGACUAGUCAGGUCACCCCUAAGGCAGAAUUAGAACUGCAGUUUCUUAAGUACUGUAAAUACUGAUAGAAGAGGACAUUUGUACCUCAGGCUUGAAACUUUACAGUAAGAAAAGCAUUUGUCAAGUACGCAAAUUCAACAGAAAAUUUGGGCUCAAUUGUGAUUGUAAGUCGAGGUCUACCUGAAUGCCAAUAAUUUACUUUCCUAUUGUUCAUAUUGGAAUAUUUAUAAAUGCAACUAAAAGGGUAGCACAUGGAAAAAAAUAAUUGAUUUUCCAGCAGCAGCUGUUUAUCAAGACAUUUCAUUUUUUACUGCUGCGUUUAGGGAAAAUGUGACUCCUUCCCAGGGGACAAACGAUGGUUUCCUAUUAUUUUAGUAUGACAACAUCCACUCUAUUUCACUUAAGAGGUGGGGUAGAACAAGGAGAAAUCCCCCCCCCAAAAAACCCACUCAAAACACAAAGGCAUUUGGAACAUAGCUAUAAAUAUGCCUGUAGUGCCACAUUAACAUAGUUUUGCUCCUCAAAAAUGAUCAUAAUGACGAUGUUUGUAUGCUUGUAUGUUAACACCUUGGACACCUAGACAGCACACUGCUCAACAUAGAAAGGAAAUGUAUGAUAUAAAACAAUACAAAAUGUUUCAAUUUUUUUUUAAAGAACAACACAUCCUCUUGUUACAUUGUCCAAGGAGCCGUGACUUUAGCCAGGCUUCUCAAGUUACUUCGGGCACACCCCUGGCCGUCUCGCCUCCCUGUUUUCCAGCGAUUUGACGACUGGGGGACGGGGUGGGGGAGGGAAGGGUUGCUUUCCGCAGAGUCCUUGCUGCGAAGCCCCCCUUUCGAGGGAUUUGUAUAUCCCCUUCCUCAUACAAUCUGACACACACACAAACACACAAACAUACACAGAGAUUGCGAAACUUCCGGGCGCACAGAGGAGCCUUUUCCCGCUGGGGCCGGAACUCUCCACGUGAGCUUUCAGAGCAGCCGGUCCUUUGCUUUUGGGGCACCGGGCAAACAGAAGAAGGCGAGGAUGAGUCUGAAGCGCCUGCCCGGACUCUUCUGUGGCGGAAGGAGAUGCUUCCUUCAGGUUCUGCUUCCUUCGUCUCAAGGUCUUUGGUAUUCUAAGAAAUCUACAUGUGCCAGGAAACAGAUUUCUCCAUCAGGAACUGAAGCAAAAGAUGCAAUAGACAACUUGUUUUCUUCUGAACAGCAAUCUGCUAUUUUGCAGUUCCUCAAUUCAGCAUCCGAAGAAGAACUUUCUGCAGUUAAACUAUUGCAAGGGAAAAAGUAUCAUAAUGUAUUGGAGUAUAGAAACAAUCAUGGGCCAUUUCAGGAAUUACAAAGUUUACUGCAAGUGCCUUCUUUUCGGUAUAAAACAGCGGUUAAAGUAUGCAACUUUAUUCUCAACCCUCUAGAAAAAGAAGAGAAAAAAACAUGCAAUCCUAUGUCUGCCAGGAAAUGCAUCAGUCCUUCAAUUAAAAGAGAAAGGUUAAAGACUGCAAACAGUAUUGUAUCUAUUGUUUUUGGCAUGCAAAAAAUUUCAUGGGCUCAUGUUAACAGAGAUUUGAUUGUGCAGAACUGGCAUUUGGAAAACUACAGAAAUAAGGAAGAAACAUUCACACCAGCAAUGUACCUUGAGACAGUAUCUACUAUAAUAUCCAAGAUUCCUGAAGCAGACUUUUAUGUUUUGGAAAAAGUUGGACUUCCUCCCACAAAUGCUGCCUUGUUUCCAGUAACGUUGCAUCUUCGUAUAAUGGAAGCUGUACUUUUUGCAUUAUUGCAAAAAAGUUUUGGAAAGGAUGGGGAACCCCAAGUGCUGAGCAUCGCCCGGAAUGCUGUAGGCAGAUAUUUUGGGCUGAUGUUGGGAGAGGCACGAAUUAGUGGAGUGGACCUUGUAAAACAAUUUCUGGAUUCUGCUACACAAACAUCCCGUGUGAGCUUUGCAAGCAGCGUAGUUGCCAGGUAUAUGCAUAUAUUAUCAGGUAAUUCAUGGAAAAGAGAGGAGGAACUAUGUGAUUCAUUAUUGCAGGCAAUAGCUUUUUAUGAGCUUCUGGUAUUGGACACUUAUGAAAUGUCUUAAGAAUCAAAUAAAUUAAUGAUUGUGUGACUUCUGGAUCGUACAAUAAAUCUGUGACAUUUGAUGUAACAUUACAAAAGUUGAAAUAAUCUUUAG